CAAAAUGCUACGGAUUCUAAAUUUUCGCAUCGGAAAUCGCUUAUAUUCACUGAAAGCGGCUAAAAAAGAUGCAAAAAAAUACACAGACACUAUCAAUCUGCCGAAGACCAAGUUUCCCAAUCGUCUGACAGCAGCCAAACGCGAGGAACAGGAGCGUCUGGUUUUGGAGAAUAAGAUUGCUGUUUCGUAUCAACACCAGGAGCAGCGACUUGCGGAGAAGGGACCACCCACCUUUGUGCUUCACGAUGGACCUCCCUACGCCAAUGGACAGCUCCACAUGGGCCACGCCGUCAAUAAGAUCCUAAAGGACAUCACUCUGCGCCAGCGGGUGGCACAUGGUCAGCAGGUAAACUACAUUCCCGGCUGGGAUUGCCAUGGCUUGCCCAUUGAACUGAAGGCCACUAGCACCGCUCCGGGACAGAAUGCUCUGGAGAUCCGGCAGAAAUCUCGCGCUUUUGCCUUGGAGGCCAUUAAAUCGCAGAAGGAGGAGUUCAGGAGCUGGGGCAUAUUGGCCAACUGGCAGAAGGAUGAUAUAUAUAUGACUAUUCAGCCGGAGUUUAUUGUCAAUCAAUUGCAAAUGUUCCACAAUCUUUACGAGAGAGGACUUGUAUAUCGUGAUUUGAAGCCAGUUUACUGGUCACCUUCUUCCAGGACAGCCCUGGCGGAGGCGGAGCUGGAAUAUGAUCCGAACCACAUAAGUCCGUCGGUAUAUUUGAGAUUUGCUCUAAAUCCCAAUGGGUUGAAUGUAGAAGCCAAGGAUAAGCAGAUAUAUGCCCUGGUGUGGACUACAACUCCCUGGACACUGCCGAGUAAUCAAGCCAUUUGCUACAAUGCCUCUUUGGAAUACGUUUUGGUCAGGUUAUCGGAUCACAAUCAUCCGGAUGAGCUAUAUCUCAUUGCCUCAGCUCUCUUGGCAGUCUUUGAAGCCAAUACACAGCUCAAAUGUGAGAUAGUCCAGAAUGUGAGUGGCAACUCCUUGAGCAACUUCACUUAUAAACAUCCAAUAGACAAAGAACAGUCUAAUCUGCCUUUCUUCGACGCUAGUCAUGUACAGGAUAGCAAGGGUACGGGCUUGGUGCACACUGCUCCUGCCCAUGGACCAGAGGAUUUCCUGGUUAGUCUAACCAAAAAAAUACCCGUGAAAUGCUUAGUAAACGAGGACGGCAAUUAUACGAAGGAAGCUCCCAAUUUUCUACGCGGACAAUCGGUGCUGGAGCAGGGAAACCCUCUUGUCUUAGAGCACAUCGCAAAGGAUGUAGUGCACUCCGCCAAGCUGGAACAUUCCUAUCCCAUAGACUGGCGCACAAAGCAGCCUGUAAUAAUUAGGGCUAGCGAUCAGUGGUUCAUCAAUACAGAGAAGCUAAAGGCGCCUGCCUCUGAGGCACUGGAGAGCGUGGAGAUCUAUCCCAGCAGCAAUGCGGAGGCUAGCAAGAAGGCAUUGCUUACCCAGCUCCAGAAGCGACCCUACUGGUGCAUCUCCAGGCAGCGGGCGUGGGGUGUUCCCAUUCCCGUUCUCUAUAGUCGGCAGACUGGAAAAGUGGUAAUUAAUUCCGCUUUAAUAGAACACCUCUGCAAUCUGUUGCGCCAGGAGGGAUCCAUGGAUUUUUGGUGGACUAAGUCGGUGGAGGAAAUGGUACCCCCUAAUAUACUCAGCGAGCUGGGAUACGAAACUAAAGAUCUCGUCAAGGGAAGUGAUAUUUUGGACAUCUGGUUCGACUCUGGCAGCACAUGGUCUGCAGUGCUGAAGAAGGAUAAAAUAGCCGAUUUGUAUUUGGAGGGUUAUGACCAAUUCACCGGCUGGUUUCAAUCUUCCCUGCUAAUGAGCAUUGCUGCUCGAGGUUGUGCACCCUACAAGGCCGUCUUUGUACAUGGAUUUACAGUGGAUGAAAAGGGCUACAAGAUGUCCAAAUCAUUGGGAAAUGUCAUCUCACCCAAGCAGAUAACCAAAAAAUAUGGAACAGAUGCCCUGCGGUGGUGGGUGGCCUCCCAUGGAACCCAGCACAUGUCAAUUACGGUCAGCGACAAAUUGCUGCAGCAGGCAGCUGAGAAUCUGAGCAAGAUCCGUGGAACCCUUAGAUAUCUAAACGGUGUAAUUGGAGAGAAACAAUCAAAUGAACAGCUGUUAAAAACUUCCGAUAAGAGCUUUUUAAACCGCUAUUUGCUAAGCCAGUUGGUUGAAUUUGAGUCUGAGGUUGAGAAUCUUUACAAAGGCUAUGAGUACAAUCGCGUAGUGGCCUGUGUUCAAAACUUCCUUGCCAAUCAGGUGUCCGCCAUCUAUGUGCAUCUCAUUAAGGAUCGUCUUUACUGCGGUGACGAUCAAGAAUUGCUUGCCAUUCGUCAGACGCUUACCCACUGCUAUCAGCAACUCUGCAAAAGCUUAUGGCCCAUUGUUCCCUUCCUAGUGGAGGAGAGCUGGAGCUAUUACGAUGCCACGGGUGCAGCUUUCCAUGAGCAGAGUGUUCGUGCUAAACCAGAAUGGCAGGACACAAAAGCCACUGAGCUGGUUAACGCGGCGCUCGAUGUGAAACGUCUCAUCAACCAGCAGGCUGGAGAGGUAAAUACUUGGCAUUUGGCUGUGACCAUUAAAGGACGUAAAGGCAGCCAGUUGGAGCUACUGCUAGAACUUCACCCCACUCUUGGAGAAACUUUAAGAAAUUCAGAGUUAUGUGAGUUACUGCAAGUGGGGUCUGUUACACUUAUACAGUCCGAUGAUAACGAGCUGGAUAUAGCCAUAACCACACUACAGACAUCGUUGUGUCCACGUUGUCGUCGAUUUAGUCUGGACGAGGAUUGCGAGCUGGAGACCUGUCAACGUUGUUCUGCGAUAAUGAAUGUAAAGCAUUAAGUUUUGUUGUUUUCUAGGUGUAAGGAAUAUAUUUAUGUUUUUAAAAA